UUGUAGUCUUCCUAAAAUGGCAUCCCUUAAGGAUAAGGUCGCACUGAUCACAGGGGCUAGUUCAGGUAUCGGUCAAGGUACAGCCAUCCACAUGGCAAGCCUGGGCUGUAAGCUGACCAUAAGUGGACGAAAGAUGGACAACUUGCAGAAAACAGCUCAGAUGUGUGAAGAACAGGGUUUGGCUAAGGAGAAGAUCCAGAUAGUCGGAGGAGGUGUUACUGAUAAUGCAACAAUGAGAGAGCUGGUGGAGAAAACAAUUGAUUAUUUUGGACAGCUGGACGUACUGGUGAACUGUGCAGGUAUUGUGAUCUACGACACCUGUGAGAGUAUCAAGAUGGAAGACUACGACAACCUAAUGAAUAUCAACUGCAGAUCGGUAGUAUAUCUGAGUAAUUUAGCGAUACCCAAUCUUAUUAAAACUAAAGGGUGUAUUGUGAAUGUAUCCAGCGUAGGCGGAUUGAGAUCAUUUCCUCAGGUCACGUCUUACUGUAUGUCCAAGGCUGCACUAGACCAAUACACCAGGUGUGCUGCCCUGGAGCUUGCACCUAAACAAGUGCGAGUAAAUGCUGUAAAUCCUGGUCUCAUUGUGACAGAGAUUCACAGAAGCGCAGGAAUGAGCGAAGAACAGUUUUCACAGUUGCUUCAUGAUACCAAAUCCAGCCAUGCCUUAGGACGACCUGGGACAGUGGAUGAAGUGGCCAAAUGCAUAAGUUUUCUGGCAUCUGAUGAUUCCUCGUUUAUAACUGGUGCUACUUUAUCUGUGGAUGGUGGUAAAAAUGUCAUGUGCCCAAGAUAGCAAGUCAUCUCGACUAGAACGUGUCAGUAUGUGGAUUCCUCAGCUGCAUAAGUAACUAUUAAACUUGUUUCCAUGUAAAUGAUAAUAAACAACAUGUGUUGUGAGCCUUGAUUAUUUAUUUGCUAUUAAAUUGUUUACCACAGUACAGUGAUCCAAACGUGUCAUCAGUUCAAAUCAGC